GGGAAGAAGCAAACAGAUGCCAGCUGCCAGCACUGAGGGCUGCAACUUCACUCCCCCAGAGAGACUGCCUCUCUCAAUCCCCAGGCUGUGCUGAGCCCUGGGACCUACUGGGAUCCAGAUCCCUUCGGGAAUACUGCUGACACCGAGUGCUCCAACAGACAUACCUGUUGGAAUCAGAAAAAGACAUUGGAGGUCUUCAGAGGAGAGUCAUGGCGCACACUCAGGAGCCUCUAUCCCAGAUGCCUGUCAUCAAGUUCAAGGGCCAGGACUUUAAGACCCUGAGGGACCGUUGCCUAAGCAGAGGCCUCCUGUUUGAGGAUGAGACCUUCCCUGCCGAUAUUUCUUCCAUAGGCCCUUGGCUGCUCCAGGGAAAACACCUCUCCAGCCUGCGGUGGGAGCGCCCACAGGAUUUAUUGAUGGGUAAAGCGAAGCCUCAUUUCAUCCUGGAGGGUGCAAGCAGAUUUGACAUCCAGCAAGGGGAGGCAGGAGACUGCUGGUUCCUGGCAGCACUGGGCUCCUUGACACAGAACCCACAGCAUCUGCAGAAGAUCCUGAUGAACCAAAGCUUUUCCCGCCGGUAUGCAGGGAUUUUCCGUUUCUGGUUCUGGCAGUGUGGCCAGUGGGCAGAAGUGGUGGUUGAUGAUCGCCUGCCUGUCCUGAACAGGAAGUACCUCUUUGUGCAUCCUCUCAACAACCAAGAGUUUUGGCCAUGCCUGCUGGAGAAAGCCUAUGCCAAGUUCCGCGGAUCCUAUCAGCACCUGCACUACGGCUACCUCCCCGAUGCCCUGGUCGACCUCACGGGAGGGGUGGUCACCAGCAUCGACCUGCACUCCUCCCCUUCUGACCUAGUGACGAUGGUAAAGAUAGCUGCCAACGCAGGCUCCCUGAUGACCUGUGCCACACCGGCUGGGCCAACAGGGAAGGCCACGAGAAUGGAGAAUGGGCUGGUGAGCCAGCAUGCCUACACCGUGACUGGGGCCGAGCAGGUUCAGCACCGGCGGGGCUGGGAGGACCUCCUCCGCCUGUGGAACCCCUGGGGCCAGGCCGAAUGGCGAGGCCGCUGGAGCGAUGGGUCUCCGGAGUGGGAGGAAACCCGGGACCCACGGAAAAGCCUGCUGUAUGACAACAAGGAGGAUGGCGAGUUUUGGAUGUCGUGUCGAGAUUUCCAAGAGAACUUCUCCUGCCUGUUUAUAUGUAACCAGUUUCCAGUCAACCUGGACCUGGGACACACGUCCUAUGAAAGAUGGUCCCAAAUGACGUUUAAGAACCGCAUGACUCCGGAGGACACCACAGAAGGACUUCAGAGGGACACACAGUACAUCUUCUCUGUGCCGGAGAGCGUGGGAGGCAGCAAUGUCGUUGUGUCUUUCAACAUCACGCCACAACAUAUAAAGGCAGAAGAUGAGAAAUUUCCACUAAACUUUCAGGUGUUCAAGGUCGACCCUCAGUUUCAGCACUUCCAGGAGAGACUGCCAUCCACCUUUUUCUCCCGAUUCAGAAGCGCUGACAAGGGCAUUGUGACUAAAACCAAAUACAACCUCACAAAGUGCUUCACGCUGCGCCCAGGGACCUAUGUGGCAGUUGCGUCCGCGCACAGAGAAGCAGUUGAGUUCUUGCUUCGAAUCUUCCUGAAAAUGCCAGACCCUGACCGGAACCUGGGCAGCGGUUUCAACCUCAGAGCACUGCAGGCAAGUCUUCCAGAAAAUGGCUCCCAACAAAGCAUUUUCUACAAAUACGCCCAGCAGGGACUAGGCAUUGAUGCCGCCCAGCUUCAGAGACUUCUCAACCAGGAAUUCCUGAAAGGACCUCCAGCAGACACCUUCUCUUUGGAUGAGUGCCGGAGCAUCGUGGCGCUGAUGGAUCUGAAAGUGAACGGGCAGCUGGACCAGGAGGAGUUCUCCAGGCUGUGGAGCCGACUCGUCUGCUGCCAGAGCGUUUUCCAGAACGCCCAGAGGAAUGCAGGCGUUUUCCUGAGCUCGGAUUUGUGGGGGGCCAUAAAGGAUACAGACUUCCUUGCAGGGAUCUCCGUCAGCAGCGAGCUGCUGGAUCUCAUGGCCCUCAGGUACAGCGACAGCGCCGGCAAGGUCAGCCUCCCCAGCCUGGUCUGCUUCCUGAUGCGGCUGGAAGCCAUGGCAAAGACUUUCCACAAGCUUUCCGACGAUGGAAAAGGACUCUACCUGACAGAAGUGGAGUGGAUGAACUUGGUCAUGUACAACUGAAGCAAGGAGUAGAGCAGACCCCAGAGUCCAGAAUUUUCAUCACGCCCGGGUUAGAAAAGAGAUGUCCGCCGUUGGCCAGCAUUCAGUCCAGAGCGUUCCCUCUCCUCCCUCAUCUGGUCCUCUGUGUGAUGAAGCAGCCACUGGAACAUGGGAAGGCCUUGUCUGAUGAGCUUCUGCCCAGAGCCUGGGGCGUUGAAGGCCCUCAACAGUCUACUUUCCUCAAGGUCACUCCCCACAAGCUGUGUCAACAAGCUUCAAUCUGCCCUUGGACUCUCGGGGCAAGCUGUGGUGUCCACCAUUGUGAACCCACCUCUGUCUCCCUCCUUCGGCCAUCUGCUGCCUCUGCCUUGUUAAGUGAGGAGGGAGAACUGUGCAUCCUGACAACGCCUGUUCCUCCCCUCCCGUCAGGUCUGUUUCUUUUCAACAAAGCGUGCGCCUCCAGGGCCUUGCGUGAGCAAUGUUUAUGUGAAAAAUCUUCAGAGCUAUCAAGUUCAUACUUUUAAAAAAAUGACUCAGAAAAUACUCAGAGCAUCUAUAUAUGGUCUUUGGACAUUUGAGAUGAUGUUGAUUUUAAUUAGUUUCCAUCUAGCGGUUUACUACACUGCAAGUCACACCUGCUGAUAGUUUGCCCAACUAAUGUCAUGUACAUUCAUGUGGAUCUUCUGUCAAUGUCGCGUCUUAUUCUAACAACGUUAGUAGCUGUAACAGUUUCCCACUAUGCAGAAAUAAGGUGUGGGUGCAACAUGCCAGCUUCUGCUACUCUGCAGGAAGGUAAAAUGUGGCAGCAGUAGCCUCAACCCUGCCGAAUUACCCAC